AUGGCCAAUACAGAGACUAAGACUGAUGAAUUAGAUAAUAGUUCAAUAGAGAAUAAUGGACUAGAACGCCAACAAAGAUUAUUAUCGUUUCUCUGGCCCAAGACAGUUCCACCGUUACCAACGGAAGAUGAACGUCUCCCGUAUGGAGAAAAAAGAGCAGGACUUAUAUCCAAGGCAUUCUUUUGGUGGAUGAUACCUGUGAUGAACCCAGGAUACAUAAGAACAUUACAACCAGAAGACUUAUUCACACUAACUGACGAUAUCCGGGUUGAACAGAUGAGCGCACGAUUCAGUGAAAUAUUCAAAAAGAGAAUCGAUAAUGCUAAGAGAAAGCAUGUUAUUGAAAAAUUUAAACAAAGAAAUGAAAAAGUUCAGAUACUUGAUAUACUGCAACACGAUGGCGAUUUGGAAGAUUUCACACCUCCACAAUUUCUUCCAUGGUUUGUUGUCAUCCAAACCUUCAAGUGGGACUAUUUUGCUGCAAUUGUAUUUUUGACCUUGAUGUAUGGCACUUCAUCUUGUAUAGCGCUAGUAACGAAAGAAUUAAUUAAAUACGUUGAGUAUAAAUCAGCCGGAGUAGAGUUGGGUAUUGGUAAAGGCUUAGGAUAUGCUUUUGGUACGGUGGGAAUGGUGGUUUUCACUGGUUUCAUGGGCAAUCAUUAUUUUUAUCAUGCUAUGCUUGUCGGUGCUAAAACAAAGGCAGUCUUGAUUAAGGCUAUCCUAGAUAAAUCAUUCUUAUUGAGUCCAAAGUCCAAGCUGAAGUUUUCUCAUGCUAAAAUCACUUCUAUGAUGUCUACGGACACGGCUAGAAUAGAUCUCGGGUUGGGACUCCAGCCACUUAUGCUCAUUAUUCCUAUCCCAAUUAUUGUCUGUAUCGCGAUAUUGAUAGUUAACAUUGGUGUUUCUGCAUUGGCAGGAAUUGCUGUUAUUCUUCUUGUAUUGGUAUUAAUUAUGGGAGUUGGGUACUUAUUAUUCAAAUAUAGAAAGAAAGCAAAUUUAUCUACAGACGAGAGAAUUUCAGUUAUUAGAGAGGUUUUGUAUAAUUUAAAAAUUAUCAAGUUUUAUUCUUGGGAGUCGGCCUACCUAAAAAAAAUUUCUGGGAUUAGGAAUGAAGAAACCAAGUGGAUAUUGAAAAUGCAAAUUCUAAGAAAUUUAAUUAUCUCGAUUGCCAUAUCAGUUAACUUGAUAUGCUCCAUGGUUUCAUUCCUUGUUUUGUAUGCAAUUGAUAGUGGCAGACAUGAUCCUGCAUCAAUAUUUUCAUCGCUUACUUUAUUUGGAAUGUUAUCUGAGCAAGUGAUUAUGUUGCCUUUAGCUUUGGCAACAUCUACCGAUGCUCAUGUAGGAUUGCAAAGAGUUGGGCAAUUUUUAGCUAGUGAAGAAUCAGAUCAGAAUUCCCGUAAAAUAGAAGCAAGUGGUGAAACUUUAGAAAGAAUGCAAGAAAGGAAUAUUGCAGUAGAGGUUAAUAACGCAAUGUUUAUCUGGGAAACAUUUGAUGUCAAUGACGAAGAUUCAAAGAGUAAGAGCGAAAAAUCUGUUAAAUCGAAAGAUUCCUCGUUUUCUAAUUUAAUAUCAGAAGGAAAUUCAAUGGAGGAGGUCAAAGAAAAAGAAACCUCCUUUAAAGGAUUAGUAGAUGUCGACUUAACUAUAGAGAAAGGAGAAUUUAUUGUUAUAACCGGAGUUAUUGGGUCGGGAAAAUCAUCUUUGUUAAGUGCUAUAUCGGGUCUAAUGACACGUAUAUCUGGAGAAGUUAAUGUUUGUGGUUCGCUCAUAUCUUGUGGUGAUCCUUGGAUUCAAAAUGAAACUUUUAAAGAGAAUAUUCUAUUCGGUUCUGACCUUGACCAGAACUUUUAUAAAGAGGUAGUUUAUGCUUGUUCACUAGAAAGUGAUAUGGACUUAUUGCCUGCAGGAGAUAAGACAGAAAUUGGAGAAAGAGGUAUAACUUUAUCUGGAGGUCAAAAGGCAAGACUUAAUUUGGCAAGAGCUGUGUAUGCUAACAAAGAUAUAAUCUUACUAGAUGAUGUUUUAUCUGCUGUUGAUGCAAGGGUUGGUAAGCAUAUUAUGAACAGUUGCAUUUUAGGAAUUCUUAGUAAUAAAACAAGAAUACUAGCUACUCAUCAGCUAUCUUUGAUUGGUUCGGCUGAUAAAGUUAUCUUCAUGAAUGGAGAUGGAUCAUUCGAAAUAGGGAAGUUCCAUGAACUACUUCAGACAAGUGUAGGCUUUAAAAACCUUAUGUCUUUGAAUACUCAAGAAGCUGUUCAAGACGUAGCAGACGAUGAGGAAGAAAACGAGUUAGGAUUUGCCAAAGGUUCGGCUGAAGAAGAAAGACAAUAUAUUGAAGGCCAGUUAAUGAGGCGAACUACAACAACUUCCUCCGUGGAGGAUGAAAAAACUGAAAGACAUGAUUUUAAUUUAGACAAAUUUGAUGAUGGAAAACUAUUUCUGGCAGAGGAACGUGCAGUGAAUAGAAUUGAAUUCAAGGUUUACAAAAAUUACAUAACGUAUGGAUCUGGUAUAUUUUCAAGCUUCUGGAUUAUUUUCUUAUUUCUUCUUUUCACAAUAUUGGCUACAUAUUUCGAACUUUUCACCAAUACUUGGCUUUCCUUCUGGACUUCUAGAAAAUUUCCAGAUAGACUGGACAGCUUCUAUAUGGGUUUGUAUGUGAUGUUUACCUUUUUGGCUUUUAUCUUGCUUACAAUGGAGUUUUUUAUACUUGCAUAUGUUACAACAAUUGCUUCAAGGACUCUAAACUUGAUGGCAGUAAAGAAAAUUUUAUUUGUACCGAUGUCCUUCAUGGAUACUACCCCAAUGGGACGAAUUUUCAACAGAUUCACGAAAGAUACUGAUGCAUUGGAUAAUGAAAUAGUCGAACAACUAACUGUAUUAUUCUAUUUCGUUGCGAAUAUUACUGGAGUAUUGAUAUUGUGCAUAUGUUAUUUGCCUUGGUUCGCUAUUGCAGUACCCCCAUUAUUAUUUAUAUUCGUUGCAAUAGCGAACUACUAUCAAGCUUCAGCAAGAGAGAUUAAAAGAUUAGAAGCUGUACAACGUUCGUACGUGUAUGAUAAUUUCAAUGAAACCUUAAGUGGCAUGCUUACAAUACUUGCAUAUAGAGCAAAACAUCGAUUUUUGAACAAGAACAAGUUUCUUAUUGACAAAAUGAAUGAGGCAUAUUAUUUGACAAUUGCAAACCAGAGAUGGCUCACAAUCAGUUUGGAUAUGGUAGGUGGGGUCUUCGUUUUACUUGUAGCCAUGUUGUGUGUCAAUCGUGUGUUUGAUAUUAACUCUUCUUCUGUUGGUUUGUUGAUGUCUUACAUUUUACAAAUCGUUGGCCAGCUUUCGUUUCUUCUUAAAACGCUCACACAAGUCGAGAAUGAAAUGAAUUCCGUUGAAAGAAUUUGUCAUUAUGCAUUUGAUUUACCAGAAGAGGCUCCAUAUUUGAUUACUGAGAGCUCACCUCCACCCUCUUGGCCAGAAAGAGGUCAAAUUACAUUUAGUCAUGCAUCUAUGGCUUAUAGACCUGGAUUGCCUUUGGUAUUAAAAGAUCUAAAUCUUAAUAUUAAGCCAAUGGAAAAAAUCGGGGUAUGUGGCAGGACCGGUGCUGGAAAAUCAUCAAUAAUGAUGGCAUUAUAUAGGUUGGUUGAGUUAAGUAGUGGAUCCGUUGUGAUUGAUGGAACCGAUAUCUCAACUCUAGGGUUAAAUAGUCUUAGAUCAAGACUAUCGAUUAUUCCUCAGGAUCCAAUAUUGUUUUCUGGUACUAUCCGGACUAACUUAGAUCCAUUUGAUGAAUAUACUGAUACAGAAUUAUGGGAUGCAUUGAGAAGAGCGGGUCUUAUUGAUGGGUCUAAGAUUGAUUCAAUCCAAAGUGAGGAUCCAAAAUCUGAAGACUUGAAUAAGUUUCAUUUAUUCAAGCAAGUGCUGGAAGAUGGAACUAAUUUUUCUUUGGGAGAAAGACAACUCAUUGCUUUCGCAAGAGCACUUGUUAAAAGAACUAGAGUACUCAUUCUUGAUGAAGCUACUAGUUCUGUUGAUUAUGAAACAGACAAUAAAAUCCAAAAAACCAUUUUGAGAGAAUUUGGAAAUUGUACCAUUCUAUGCAUUGCGCACAGAUUAAAAACUAUAGUCAAUUAUGACAGAAUUUUGGUGCUAGAUAAGGGAGAAGUUAAGGAAUUUGAUACACCCUGGAAUUUGUUUAAUACCAAGCAUAGUAUUUUUGAACAAAUGUGCAAAAAAUCUAAAAUUACUUCGGAUGAUUUUACAAUUAAAGACGACUGA